GCGUCUUCUUCCCCUCCUCCUUCCAUCAUCCACUCGUCUCCUCUUCAUCCUCUAUUUCUCCUCGUCCGGUUGAUUGCCGGGCUUCUCCCUUCCUUAAUUUCCUUCAGAUUGAACUGCCACAAUGAGAGGCGAGAUUCUUCACCUUCACAUCGGCCAGGCUGGUACCCAGCUGGGUAACAGCGCCUGGGAGCUCUACCUCCUCGAACACGGCCUGAACCCCGAAGGCCGCAUCGACCCCGAGGCCAAGGACGUUGCUGAGGGCGGUUCCCAUGACACUUUCUUCACCGAGACCCAGGGCGGCAAAUACGUGCCUCGUUCCAUCUUCGUCGAUUUGGACCCCUCUCCCAUUGAUGAGAUUCGCACCGGCGCUUACCGCCAGCUUUUCCACCCCGAAUACUUGAUCAGCGGAAAGGAAGAUGCCGCCAACAACUAUGCCCGUGGUCACUACACUAUUGGAAAGGAAUUAGUGGACAACGUGGUUGACCGCAUCCGCCGUGUCGCCGACAACUGCUCCUCUCUCCAGGGCUUCUUGGUCUUCCACUCGUUCGGUGGUGGUACUGGUUCCGGUUUCGGUGCUCUCCUCCUCGAGCGUAUUGCGACUGAGUACGGCAAGAAGUCCAAGCUUGAGUUCUCCAUCUACCCUUCCCCUCGCGUGUCUACCGCCGUCGUCGAGCCCUACAAUGCCGUCCUGUCUACCCACAGCACUAUUGAGAACUCCGACUGCACCUUCCUGGUUGACAAUGAGGCCGUCUAUGACAUUUGCCGCCGCAACCUGGACAUUCCUCGCCCCGGCUUUGAACACCUCAACCGCCUGAUUGCCCAGGUUGUCAGCUCCAUCACUACCAGUCUGCGGUUCGAUGGAGCCCUUAACGUCGAUCUGAACGAGUUCCAGACCAACCUGGUUCCUUACCCUCGUAUCCACUACCCUCUCAUCUCCUACGCUCCCGUCGUGUCCAGCAACCGCAGCUCCCACGAGAGCUUCAAGGUUCAAGACCUGACCUUCCAGUGCUUCGAGCCCAACAACCAGAUGGUCGUCUGCGAUCCUCGCAACGGCAAGUACAUGGCGGUUGCGCUCCUUUACCGUGGUGACGUCGUUCCUCGCGACUGCAACGAUGCCAUCGCUCAGCUCAAGGCCAAGGCCUCCUUCAACCUGGUCGAGUGGUGCCCGACCGGUUUCAAGCUGGGUAUCAACUACCAGAAGCCCAUGCGCGUGCCCGGUGGCGAGCUGGCCCCUGUCGACCGCUCCGUCAGCAUGCUCUCCAACACCACCGCCAUCGCCGAGGCGUGGGCUCGUCUGGACCACAAGUUCGACCUCAUGUACUCCAAGCGUGCCUUCGUCCACUGGUACGUCGGCGAGGGUAUGGAGGAAGGCGAGUUUUCCGAGGCCCGCGAGGAUCUGGCUGCGCUUGAGAAGGAUUAUGAGGAGGUGGCCAGCGACGGCCUGGACGAGGUCGAGGAGGGCGAGUACUAGAACAUGCGCCGGUGAUGCCUUUUUGCAACCGUUCGUGUUUACAUAUUGCUCCUUCGUGUGUCUGUUUCCGCGUCUGAAUAUAUCCAAUCGCGCCCCCCUUUUUUAUGACAGCCUGUCCAUCUCUCCCGCG